GUGGUUUGGUCGGGAGCUGGGAGCAUCUCAGCGCAGUCUUCCGCUGCAGGUCUCCCGGAGUAGGACGCUUUGAGGCGGCUGUGGAGGACACGGAACACCGGAACCAAGGACCACUUCUUCAUCAUCGUUGUUAUCCUCAUUUGGACGUCAACCCGAGGAGCAUCUGAGAAGAAAGACUGAAAAGGACAGACGGCCCCCUCGGCCUCGGCCCCGCCCCCUGCGGCCCCAGUGAUGCUCUGUCGCUGCGUCCAAUCCGCCCGCCUUGGCAGUUAGCGGAGCGCUCGUCACCAUGACAACGUCCUGGCGGGACUCCGCCCCCUCCACGGCCGGCCUCCUCCUGCUCCUCCUCUUCCUCCCGCUGCCGACGCCGGCCGUCACUCAGGCUGACCCUGCUGUCCCGACGCCGUCGCUUUUUGACCCGCUGACGCAGCCCGAGUGCACCAGGAAAGAACAUCCCAAAGUGUCCAUACAAGCGCUCAGUCCGUGGAUCUCCACGUUCUCACGAGCCGGCAUACGGGACUUUUCCCAGCUGACCCUUGACCUCACCAGGAACGAGUUGAUUGUGGGCGCCAGAAACUUCCUGUUCAAACUGGACCUCAGCAACAUGUCCCUGGUGCAGGCAACGCACUGGGCACCUGACGACGAGACCAGGAGGUCCUGUCGAAGCAAAGGCAAGACUGAGAUUGAAUGUCAGAACUACAUCCGAGUCCUGUUGGUCAACAAGACGGAGAUCAUGACCUGCGGGACCAAUGCCUUCCAGCCCCUCUGCACCACCAGAGAGGUGGGCAACAUGAGCAACGUGCUGGAGCGUGUCAAUGGCGUGGCUCGCUGCCCGUACGACCCCCGCCACAACUCCACCGCAGUGGUGACGGAGAGGGGCGAGCUGUACGCCGCCACCGUCAUCGACUUCUCCGGACGCGACCCCGUCAUCUACCGCAGCCUUGGCGGAAUGCCGCCGCUCCGGACCGCGCAGUACAACUCCAAAUGGCUCAACGAGCCCCACUUCAUCUCAGCCUACGACAUUGGCCUCUUCACCUUCUUCUUCCUCAGGGAGAACGCGGUGGAGCACGACUGCGGCAAGACGGUGUACUCGCGGGUGGCCCGGGUCUGCAAGAACGACAUCGGCGGACGCUUCCUGCUGGAGGACACGUGGACCACCUUCAUGAAGGCCCGCCUCAACUGCUCACGCUCCGGGGAGAUCCCCUUCUACUACAACGAGCUGCAGAGCACCUUCUACCUGCCCGAGCAGGACAUCAUCUACGGCAUCUUCACCACCAAUGUCAACAGCAUUGCGGCGUCGGCCGUGUGCGCCUUCAACCUAAGCGCUAUCACACGAACCUUCAACGGACCCUUCCGCUCACAGGAGAACCCCCGCUCCACCUGGCUGCCCACCCCCAACCCCAUCAGCAACUUCCAGUGUGGCACCAUCAAGGACGAGGGUCCAAACGAGGGUCUGACGGAGCGCAGCCUGCAGGACGCCCAGCGCCUCUACCUGAUGAACGAAGUGGUCCAGCCCGAGUCGGUGGACCCCCUGGUCAUGCAGGACGACGUGCGCUUCUCUCACCUGGUAGUGGAUAUCGUGCAGGGCAUGGACACGCUUUACCACGUCAUGUACAUCAGCACGGAGUAUGGCAGCAUCCUGAAGGCCUUGGCCACGCCCAACAAGAGUCUCCAAGGCUGUUACCUGGAGGAGAUGGAGCUCCUCCCACCGGCCUUGCAACAGCCCAUCCUCAGCCUGCAGAUCUUGCACAGCGACCGCUCGCUCUUUGUUGGCCUCAGCGACCGAGUCCUGAAGAUCCCUCUGGAGAGGUGCUCCACCUACAAUACCGAGACGCUGUGUCUGGAGGCCAGAGACCCGUACUGCGGCUGGGACACGAGGCAGCGGCGCUGCACGACGCUGGAGGACAGCAGUAACAUGAGCCAGUGGAAGCAGAACAUCACAGCGUGCCCGAUGCAGAACCAGACCACUCAUGGCGCCUUCGGGGACUGGACGCCGUGGCAGACGUGCAACAAUGACGACGGGGUGGACGGCGUCAGUGCCUGCUUGUGCCGCUCCAGGUCAUGUGACAGCCCCGCCCCUCGCUGUGGGGGCAGGAAUUGCGAGGGCGCCACCAUCGAAGUUGCCAACUGCUCCAGAAACGGAGGCUGGACACCCUGGUCGUCAUGGGGACAGUGCAGCACAACUUGCGGCACAGGCUUUGAGCUGCGCCAGCGGUCUUGCAACAAUCCCUCACCGCGUCAUGGGGGACGCGUCUGCGUGGGGCUAGGCCGAGACGAGAGGUUUUGUAACGAAGGGCUCUCGUGUCCCCAGCCGGUCCUCUGGUCCCCGUGGGGCUCGUGGACCAAAUGCAGUAGCGAGUGCAGUGGAGGGGUCCACUCACGGGUCCGCACCUGUGAGAACGGCAACAGCUGCCCAGGAUGUGCCCUGGAGUACAAAGCUUGUAACCUGGAAGCGUGUCCAGAGGUGAAGAGGAACACGCCCUGGACCCCCUGGAUGCCGGUCAACGUGACCCAGGGCGGCGCCCGCCAGGAGCAGCGGACACGCUACAUGUGCCGCGCUCGUCUGGCCGAUCCCCAUGAGCUGCAGAUGGGACGCAGGAAGGUGGAGACACGCUACUGCCCCAACGACGGCACGGCCGCUUGCGAGACGGACGGCCUGGUGGAGGAGCUCUUGAGGACCCCCGUGGUGAGAGUGGCGGGCAACGGCUGGUCGUCGUGGGAUACGUGGUCCAGCUGCUCUCAGAGCUGCUCCAAAGGUUACCGCACCCGGCGGCGAUCCUGCUCCGGGCCGGAGGGGAAGAGCGCCCCCGUGGCCUGCCGCGGAUCCCCAGUGGAAUACCAGGACUGCAACGUCCAGGCGUGUCCCGUCAAAGGGGCGUGGUCCUGCUGGUCAACCUGGUCCCAGUGCUCGGUGGGUUGCGGCGGCGGCCACUACCAGCGUACACGCUCCUGCAAUAGCCCGCCGCCGUCCAACGGAGGGGACAUCUGCUUGGGGCUGCACACCGAGGAGGCCCUGUGCAACACACACACGUGUGAUGGCGGCUGGAUGGCCUGGUCGCUCUGGUCGGCCUGCGACGACUCGGGCGUUCAGAUGAGGAGUCGAGUGUGCGGCACCCAAGGUGGCGCCCCCUGCCUGGGGAACGCUACUCAGCGCAGAGACUGCAACGAAAUACCCGUCAUCCUGCCUGCGUCAGGCUUUGAUAAGGACCAGCACUGCGGAGCAUUCACCUCCAUCCACCUGAUCGCCACGGGCGUGUCUUGCUUCCUGGGGGCGGGGCUCCUGUCCUUCCUGGUCUACGUGUACUGCCAGCGCUUCCACAAGCCGUCACAGGAGUCGGCCGUCAUCCACCCGACCACGCCCAAUCACCUCAACUACAAGGGUAACAGCACGCCAAAGAACGAGAAGUACACGCCCAUGGAGUUCAAGGAAGUCGCCAUUCCUGCAGGUCCUGGGGUGAUGAAGGGACAAAUUAGUGUCCGUCUGUCCCUCCUCGCUCAGGAGCAACCGUUCCUGCUUCUGUCCUUUGGAAGACGAUGCAGACGAAGGCGUGUUCGUGUGACGGACGCUACGAGGUGCUGGAAAGAUUCAAAGGUCACGCACAUGGAGGACAUUUCCAAGGUGACGCCCACCGGGAGCAGAUGACGAGGACGUGACCUUUCACGACACGAGACGAGGAAGGCAGGAGGCGGUAAGAUUUGUGUACAAGGUGAGUGGAAACGGACAAGACGAUUCCCACGCUGUGUGCAAACAAAAACACUUCCUUUGUGUCCGAGUCCUUGAAGAAUCCGUUUGUUUUUCCCUUUUCCGUCUCAGGAUCCUAACUUGGCGUCGACACAAUGAAAGACUUUGGCUAAAACGCUUCCAAUAAAUACUGGCCAGCUAGCGAGGAACAAAGACAACACAAAGAGCAUCGGUAGCGUCACGACGUCGAUACAACAGCACAGGUCACCAUGGCAACUUAAAAAUACAAAUCAUUUUUAUAAAAGUGUCUGCAUGCUGGCGGAGGUUUUCUGCCGUGUCGCGUCAGCUUUCUGGCGGCGUCCGCUUUUAGGGAGGCGACGAAAGGCGCAAACGUUUAAGUUUAAAACCACAUUGAGUGUAAACGAGUUAAAAAACUAAACAGGAAGUGUGAGUUCCGAUCAAGAUGUCCAUAUAUACAGGCUAACACCAUGCUAGCUCCCUUUUCUCCUCCCUCCUUGUGCAAAUCCCGUUGCUGUUUAAAGGUCCCAAUUUUGAUUUUGUCUCCUCCUCACACUGACACGAAGACGUCCAAGUAGAGACGGUCGUAGGACUCCCUGAAGAAGAGGAUGAGCACCAGGCUGAAGAUGCAGGAGCCCGUCAGACACCAGUUCAACCAGGACAAGUCUGUGGACACAAGAAGACACGUCACACCUUCACUAGCGUUCCACGUCAGCACGGCUUUUCCACUCCAAAUGCUUUUCCAAAAAAAAAAAAAAAAAAAAGUCUCGGAGAAGAGUGUGAACUCCCCUGCUAGAGAGGAUCUUUGAACACCUCAGCAGGCUUUACGAGGCUUCAGCUUCUCAGCAGCCUGCAGAGUUUAGCAAACUGCAAAGUUAAAAAAUAAAUAAAAGCCUUUUCUGACUACUGAAGAAGCUCUGCAAUGAUUUCAGUGUGCUGAAGAAUUCCUGCGUCUUGUGGAAGAUGUAUUGAAACCCCACCCCCUCCUCAAAGCCACCACUCCGUGUUGGGCUCCCCUAAAUAAGCGGCAGACGAAAAGGAAAAAGAGCAAACAGACGAGGCUGGGUCACAUGGUUCUUCGUGGAAUGGCAGUCAAGAGGGCGACCACGCUAUUUGAUUGUGUACCUAAUGAAGUGUCCAGGCAGUAUACAGUAAGCUAAGUUAGCCCCGCCUGUUCGCGGUUCGGCAUCCGCUCCCCCGCUUAGUCGCAGACUUUAUACUCCACUUUAAAAUGUAAAUAAUUGGGGGGGGUUUAAAUAGAAGGUGGUUUGAUGGCGCUAUCCGCAGGGCGCUGUCUCACAAGUCAAUCCACUCAACAUUUUCCUGCAGGAAGAUGCUUUGGCAAGACGUGAUGCUGCCUAACAACAAUCCCUCACCACAUCGUGCUGUUUCGUGGUUGACUACUAAUAUUCGUAAAAAAAAUAAAUGCAUAUUUAAGAAAAAGUUACAUUUUUUGGCCUAAAUGAAGUAUUUUCAAGCAUAAAAAUGGCUAAAUGAAGCAAAAUACAAAUACUAGGCAUUCAGAUGACGCACUCAAAGAGACUUAACGAUAUGUAGUAUUCCACACUGGUCACCGGGUGUCAGUAAUGUUACAGUCAGAAGAAGAACAGGCUUUUAUUGCAUGUUUGAAUGAUCUCACAACAGGCACAAUAAUCCCAAACACGGGCUACUGUUGCAGCCGUAACCAACGGCGUGGCUUAUUUUGUCUUAUUAUGUCUACUAUAUUGGGUAAUAGAAGCGUAAAUGUGACUAUAGGGGUGUUAUUUCAUGUCUAGAGGGCUCUAAUAAUGUUAAAAAGCAUAUUUAGAAGGUCGUGAAGUUUUCUAUUCUCUAACUAUAAAAAUAAUCCAUUUUGUUGUACUUUGCGGAAAUUCAUUUAUCACGGUGGGGUUUGGAAUCAAUUCAUGGGCUAUCCACACGGAAACGUUUUCAUGUGAAAACAGCAAAGUAUUUUACCGUUUCAGCCUCUCAUGCACAUGGAAACGGCACUCUGGGUGCCCGGAAAUGGCAUUUUUUGAAAAUGGCUCCCAGAGUGGGAAAAUCUGAAAACGUGGGCUCGCCCUUUCCGUGUAAACGAGCAAUCCGUUGCUUUUUGAAAACACUGCCGUCAGCGACCCACCGACACGGAAAUGCGUGCGACCUGGUGCUUGUGCAUGCACGUCGCUUCCCGCACGUUUUGCUUUCACAUUAACAAGUCACUUUUUUUUUGGGCUACGUGAACAACCACGUUUUAACACGAAAUACAAAUUGGGCAUCACGCCUGCAGUGUGAACAUAGCCUACAAGUGUCCUAUACGGCUAAAAAAAGUGGCUAGUUUUGCUCCAAGUCGCCAUCUAAAGGUGUCUGAAUACUCACUCGCUAAGGUGGCAAAACCGACCUGGUCUUCUUAUUCUCUGGCAGACCAGGUGCAUGAGGCGUGCUAUGAUGCCACCUACUGUACGGAGUUGGAAUGACAAGCUCCAUUCACAGACAGUCCCAUUAUAACGUGUUUAGGUAGCACCAAAUCUAUUUUGGGGAUGGGAAACGGUACGCCUGUAAAGGUUUUGUCAUGUGUAUAAAUGAAUGAACCA